AUGGUCAGUACGACCAACGGCGCUGGUCUCAGUGGCAGUCCAUCAUACAACUACAAUGGGGUGGCCACCCUAGCUACUCCCGUUGUCAGCAGUGUGAGCCCAACCAGCGGCCCUGCUGCCGGCGGAAAUACUGUAUCCAUCUUCGGUUCUGGUUUCACAAACGCCACGGCUGUGGCUUUCGGCUCACUUGCUGCCACCUCAUUCACUGUCGUCUUAGCCUCAUUGAUAACUGCUGUUGCUCCCCAAGGCCCUAGUGGUGGCGGUAGCGUCUCUGUCCAUGUCACCGGACCUGGUGGUACUAGUACCAGUGGCCCUACCUAUACCUAUAUAGCUGCUCCCGUCGUUAGCAGUGUGAACCCAACCAGCGGCCCUGCUGCCGGCGGAAAUACUGUAUCCAUCAUCGGCUCUGGUUUCACAAACGCCACGGCUGUGGCUUUCGGCUCAGUUGCUGCCACCUCAUUCACUGUGGUCUCUGCCACACUGAUAACCGCUGUUGCUCCCCCGGGCCCUAGUGGUGGCAGCAGCGUCUCUGUCCGUGUCACCGGACCUGGCGGUACUAGUACCAGUGGCCCUACCUAUACCUAUAUAGCUGCUCCCGUCGUUAGC